CUUGAAUCAGCGCUGCACAGGUCGUCUUCCGGUGGGCAUGUGUAGUCCAGGACAAGAGGACUGACCUUGUUUAGAAGCUGGUCCUCUUAGUGAAGAGGUUCUGGGUCAUGUCGGAGGAUACGGGACAGGAGCAGAACAGAAGCCGGCUGGGGCUGCUGCUCACCGGGGUGCUCGGCGGCUCUCUGCUCGCCCUGUACGCGGGGGCUGCUCCCUUCAUCACCCCUGCUCUCAGGAAGAUCUGCCUCCCCUUCGUCCCUGCGACCUCAGCCCAGGUAGACAACGUCCUCAGGGUGCUGAGAGCCAGGUCCGGGACCCUGGUGGACCUCGGGAGCGGGGACGGAAGAAUAGUGAUCGCAGCAGCCAAGCGAGGCUUCAAGGCGUCAGGUGUGGAGCUGAACCCCUGGCUGGUGUGGUAUUCUCGCUACAAGGCGUGGAGAGAGGGGGUCCACCGCUCCACCUCCUUCUACAUCUCUGACCUGUGGAAGGUCAGUUUUGCUCAGUACUCCAACGUCGUCAUUUUCGGCGUGCCUCAAAUGAUGGACCAGCUGGAGCUGAAGCUGGCGAGCGAGUUACCGACGACAGCCAAGGUGGUGGCCUGCCGCUUUCCCUUCCCUACCUGGGUCCCUGAACACACCGCCGGCGAGGGCAUAGACACCGUGUGGGUGUACGACGCAAAGACCUUUAAAUCACACCAGCAACGUGGACUGACAAGGAAGACGACGGCAGUGGACGAGGACACGCCACAAUCACACUCAUGAAUCACACUCAUGAAUCACGUCAUGACGAGGAGCGGUCUCCAGAUGGACAUUUAAACGACAGAGAAAGACUGACCACGGGAAUGUGAGUUUGAGGUUAUAAGACGAAGGUCGCGAGAAGAAACCGCAUGACACGCCCUGGUCCUGAUUAGAGGUCACGGCCACUGUUUGAGUCCGUAACCUUCACUGUCACGUUUGUCUGCUCGCUCCUCAAGACGAGGACUGGAUCAUCACGAUCCCUGUAAACACCAAGCAGGCCGCAUUGGUACGGUGACCCUUCAGCUGGCCGUCCCGGGUGGCGUUACUGAUGUAGUAUUAGUAUCUGUGUUGUUUACUGUCUAAUCUCCUAUCACACACUAAAGUCUAGUUGGUGGCCGUGAUUCACAUUCAAGCUGGUUUGCCAAUAAACAACAAAGAAGAAGAGGGUACAGUCUACUGAAACAUCAGAGAACAGCAGCCUGACAGAGGCCGUAAAGAGUUCUGUUUCUGCAACCACAACAUUACGCUCUUAGCCUUCCUGGCCAUGGUGAUUAACUGUGAAGCUGAGAGAAAGACAUGGUUGUCAAUGCGGCCAAAAAAGUAUUUUUAUUUUGAGGGAGUAACUGGAGAAAAUGUGCAGGGGCUGCUGAGAGAGAGAGGUGUUAUGAGAGGACGGGAUGAGGGGUGGGGAAGUCCCUGUCCCUUUGACUAGCCCCGUGUAGCUGCACAUUUACACAAACAAAGACCACUCUCAAUGAGAGGCCUCUGUGCAUCAAGUGUUGAUUAGUUUGCGGAUCAAAAAUACAAUAACUAGGGUGUUUCCCUCUCCCCCCCACAGUGCAGCAGGUUGUUACGACCACAUCAGUGAUUUUUAAUGUUUUUAAUCGAUAUCCUCAUGGCAGCUAUAUCCCAUAAUUAUAACAAAAAUGACUUCUGAAAAAUCAGUGUGUUACUUUUAAAAAUGGUCACUACCGAACACACUUUCUCUUCAAUCAGGUAAACUAUUUUGAGUUUAAAAUAUGAUGUGUUUAUGGGGGUACAGCUCUUCAAAGAUGUGUCUGCUAGACAUUUAAAUUAUAGCAUUCUUUAUUGUCACAACCAAAACAGUCACUAAAGAAACAGAUAGUAAAGUUUCUGUGGUGACUAAAGGACUGCUAAGUAGUUGAAUCCCAUUAUUUUGAAACAAAUGUGUAACUUUAAGAAUCAUCCUUUCAAUCAUCUUUAUUUAAAGCAAAUAAACAUACUUAAGGUCCUGCUGGGGAUAAAAGAAGGCUGAACAAAUUCUCAGUCCAUCUCUGAGGUGAUUUACCCUCAGGUAGGAAACUCCUAGUUCCUGGUUCCAGAUAAGCUAAUUUGAGUUUGUCACUCGGUGUUCAGAGCGUGCACCACGACAAAUAAAAGGCCAACAUUAAUGGAGCCCCAAUACAACGGUUCACCAUGGCAACAGGUGACGAAAAAAAAGGGCCUCAUACUUUUUCCCUACUCAAUCUGUACAUAUUUAGGUCAGGUUAAGUUUUCUCAGGUUUGAGUGAGCUCCCUUUUUGAAACAAAAAAACCCAGUUUCCCUCAAUUCAGGAAUACAGACUCAGUGUUUGUACUAAACCUGCUUUCUGAAACGGGCCUCUGGAUUUAUGUUUCUGAAAGCAGCAUAGGCCUGCAGGUCUAAACCCUAGUUAUCUUCAAAAAUACGACAAAACAUGUAUGUGUUUGUUGUAAUCCCAACAUAAGGCAUGAUAUGAGUUAAUAUUCAGCAAUAAAGAAUAUUGAGAUAUCAA